AGGCGUGGGCGUGGUUACUAUUCAGUGGGCGGAGCAAGAGCUCUGAGCUUCUGAGGAAGGGAGGAAUGUCGCGGCCGUACCUGAUUGGUCAAUCGCUUUCCUUGCUUGGCGGCGGCCUCUUUGCUGUAGAGGUCUCCAGCCCUAAGAUUCAUGUUUGGCCGCGUCAAAGCAUCUGCGAGAGAGAAGAGAAGGAAAUAUUUGGAAAAACGAAUGAAAGAAGAAAAGAGCAAUAAAGAAGGCAUUAAGGAAGAAGACAUUUAGGACAUUGGGAAGGUUGCGAUGUCUCCCGGCAUCUGUUUGCUGUCUGUUGUGUCCAGGCUCAACUUGGUGGUCUUGCUGUUUUCUGCAAUAAGCUUGCCUUCAUGCUUAAGCGACAGAGUCGCAGAGUUUGCGCUCACCACAAAAGAAGAGAAUAAUUUAAAAGAACAGAACCAGGAAGAGGCAGCAACGGUGGAGGAGGAAGAGCUUGAUCUGGAAGAUCUGGAAGCAUUUCAACCGACACAUCAAUGGCAAACAGUCCGGCCAGGUCAAGCUCUCCCUGCAGGAUUACAUGUGCAAUUAAAUCUUCAGACGGGAGAAAGAUUAGCCAGGCUCCAUGAGAAUGACAAUGAGAAAAAUGAUGUGAAAGAUCCUCCAAAAAAUAAAAGGUUGGGCCCAAUUGAUCUCGACCCGAGUUCAUUUACAGCGCAAGAACUCAAAAAGGCAUUGGCUAAAAUGAAGGAAAGCGUGAAGGCGGAUGAUAUGCUGAAACAAAAGGCUCACCAGGACGAUGUCAGACGGAGGUUCCGCCCUAUUGAAAAACUCAAGGAAGAGUUCAGGGAGCUCAAUAUGCAGCUGGAAACAGAUUUUGAAAUUAUGUCUAAACUAAUCAACAGAUUCAACAGCACCGCUUCGACGUUGGAAGAGAAAAUAGCGGCACUUUACGAUCUCGAAUAUUACGUUCAUCAGGUGGAUAAUGCCAAAGAUCUGCUUUCCCUUGGUGGCUUACAACUCUUGAUUAAUGGGCUCAACAACACGGAGCCGUUGCUGAAGGAAUAUGUGUCCUUUGUGCUGGGUGCAGCCCUCUCUAGCAACCCCCGGGUACAAGUAGCAGCCUUGGACGGUGGCGCUUUGCAAAAACUGCUGGUGGUUUUGGCUACAGAUCAAUCACUGGCUGUUAGGAAAAAGGGAUUCUGUUGUUACUGCCACCCUGCCAAAAGGACACGGAUAACUGGUGGCAGGCAGAGUCAGCAGGAGACAGAACGUCGCACUUGCAGCCCUCCUCCGAAUCAAAGGAAGAUCGGAUUAGCACCAGCUGGAAUGCACUUUGCAUUAGCAUUUACCGAGGAGAAGGAGAGCUGCUCGCGCUCGUCAGAAUCCUGGCACUGUGGAAAUAUGAUAGAAACUUUAUUCUUCGCUCCACUUGUGAUGCAGUGGUAGCGGAAGCCAUCGCAGCAGGCCUUUGCGUGCAUUCAGGCUCUCUUUGCUUUGUCAUCAAUGCUACGAAACUUCCCCUAUGCCCAGCAGCAGUUCCUCAGGCUUGGAGGACUUCAAAUACUCAGAGAUCUCUGCACAGAGAAAGGAAUGGAGACGCUACACAUUCGC